AAUUUGGAUCCAAGAACAACCUUGAGUCCCUGAUUAUCUCGGUCCCAGAGCAGCAGUAGCCAUGACAUCUGAGCACUGUGGCCCCCAGAGCCCAGGGAGUGCCAUCAUGACCUUCCGCCCAACCAUGAGAGAAUUUUCAGAUUUCAGCAGGUACAUCGCCUACAUGGAGUCCCAAGGGGCACACCGAGCCGGACUGGCCAAGGUCAUCCCACCCAAGGAGUGGAGAGCCAGGCAGUCCUAUGAGGACGUCAGUGACAUCUUAAUAGCCAGUCCCCUGCAGCAAGUGGUGUCUGGCCAGGCAGGUGUGUUCACUCAAUUCCAUAAGAAGAAGAAAGCCAUGACGGUGGGACAAUUCCGUGACCUGGCCAACAGUAAGAAAUACCAGACCCCGCCACACCUGAAUUUUGAAGAUUUGGAGAGAAAAUACUGGAAAAGUCGAUUCUUUGGGUCACCGAUUUAUGGUGCAGAUGUCAACGGCUCCCUGUUUGAUGAGAACACUCAGUAUUGGAACGUGGCCCACCUGGGAAGCAUUUUGGACCUCUUGAAGCAGGAAUGUGGCAUUGUGAUUGAGGGUGUCAACACGCCCUACCUGUACUUUGGCAUGUGGAAGACCACCUUCGCGUGGCACACGGAGGACAUGGACCUGUACAGCAUCAACUACCUGCACUUUGGGCAGCCCAAGACGUGGUAUGCGGUACCCCCCGAGCAUGGCCGACGCCUGGAGCACCUGGCCAGGCAGCUGUUCCCGGGCAGUUCCCAGGGCUGCCAGGCCUUCCUGAGGCACAAGGUGGCACUCAUCUCACCCACUGUGCUCAAGGAGAAUGGUAUCCCCUUUGGCCGCAUGACGCAGGAGGCUGGGGAGUUCAUGGUCACCUUUCCCUAUGGCUACCACGCUGGCUUCAACCAUGGCUUCAACUGUGCAGAGGCCAUCAAUUUUGCGACCCCGAGGUGGAUCGACUAUGGCAAGGUGGCUUCUCAGUGUAGCUGUGGGGAGGCCAGGGUGAGCUUCUCCAUGGACGCCUUUGUUCGGAUCCUGCAGCCUGAGCGACAUGAGCUGUUGAAACACGAGGGACAUGGAAGUGUGGACUACCCAGAGGUCACCUCGCACCCCAGUCAGGAGACAUUUACUCUGACUCAGAGGCAUCCCUGUGCGGGACCCCUCAGGUGUGUGGUAAGCAGAGCCCUCAACAGCUGCCCUUACACUAAGGUGGGCUCUGAGUCCCAGCGCCUUUCAACAUCCAAGCUUUUGGCUCCUCAAUUCACUGUCCAGGAGAGAAGAUUCUCCAAGCAAGCUUCCGGGGCCUCCCUGAUCUUCAUGGAUACUGCUGAUGCCAGAGCCCUGGACCUUUCACAACAUUCACAGGCCUAUGGAAUCUUGGAUAGGAGCCCCCAAAUCUCCCUGCCACUCAAGAAGAUGGACUUGAACUCAACAGACACAGGUUCACCUCCUGCCCCUUAGACCUUUUGGCCACCACUGGACAUUCCUAGUCAUCUGAAUCAACGGCUGUCUGAUAUGCUGACAACUGAAACUGUACUUUGGGUCCUGGAUUCAAGUCACCUUUGAAUUUGCACAUGGUGUCUCCCUCAGAAUUGAUGCAAAGGAUGGAUCUACAGUGUGUCGUGCAACUGCGUGAAGAGAAUGGAUGCUCCAUUUGACUGUGGUGUCAGUGAUGGGGCUUUUGUAGUUUAGAUAGGUUCCGGACAAUGGGACUCCUGGAUGGAGUCUUCUUCAUGUGGGUGUGGAGGUAGGCCACACACCUGCU